CGUGGUAGUCUCUAGAAUACUCCUCGUGACGCCACUCGAGCUCUUCCUUUCUGUCGAACUCUCGCGAGUUGAACAUGUCGCAUACUGCAGAACGAAGAAAUGAUGAUCAAUGGCCGGGGGAUUCAAAAAAUGGUCCUAGUGAAAGUGAACAACCCACAUACGAUGGACCUCCUGGAAUGGAUCCCGAUGGUGUCAUCGAAUCCAACUGGGACGUUGUUGUGGAGAACUUUGACGAAAUGAACUUGAAAGAAGAACUGUUACGUGGUAUUUACGCUUAUGGUUUUGAAAAACCAUCUGCAAUUCAACAACGUGCCAUCCUACCAUGUAUACGGGGGCUCGAUGUUAUUGCUCAGGCCCAGUCUGGUACUGGAAAAACUGCUACGUUCUCCAUAUCGAUUCUUCAACAAAUCGACACUAGUAUUAAAGAAUGCCAGGCCUUGAUCCUUGCACCAACCCGUGAAUUAGCUCAGCAAAUCCAGAAAGUCGUUAUCGCUCUAGGAGAUUUCAUGCACGCGGAAUGUCAUGCAUGCAUUGGUGGCACCAACGUUCGUGAAGAUAUGCGAAAACUGGAUCAGGGUGUUCACGUGGUUGUCGGUACGCCCGGUAGAGUUUACGAUAUGAUCAGCCGACGAGCACUUCGAGCAAGUAGCAUCAAACUGUUUGUGCUGGAUGAAGCUGAUGAAAUGCUUUCUCGAGGAUUUAAGGAUCAAAUCCACGAUGUAUUCAAAUUAUUACCUAACGAAGUGCAGGUUAUAUUAUUAUCUGCGACAAUGCCAUCUGACGUGUUGGAUGUAUCCAAAUGUUUUAUGCGGAAUCCUAUUCGUAUUUUGGUUAAGAAAGAAGAGUUAACAUUAGAGGGUAUUAAACAAUUUUUCGUUUACGUUGAACGUGAAGAUUGGAAAUUGGAAACUCUUUGCGAUUUGUAUGAUACAUUAAGCAUCACCCAAGCGGUUAUUUUUUGCAAUACGCGGCGUAAAGUCGAUUGGCUAACAGAAAGUAUGCAUAAACGUGACUUUACUGUUUCCGCCAUGCAUGGAGAUAUGGAACAGAAAGAACGCGAUCUUAUUAUGCGUCAAUUUCGAACUGGAUCUUCAAGAGUUUUGAUUACUACUGAUCUUCUGGCACGCGGUAUAGAUGUGCAGCAAGUGUCACUUGUUAUUAAUUAUGAUUUACCUUCGAAUCGAGAAAACUAUAUUCAUCGAAUCGGUCGCGGUGGUCGUUUUGGUCGUAAAGGUGUGGCCAUUAACUUUGUGACAGAAGAAGAUAAACGAACCCUGAAAGAUAUCGAGCAAUUCUACAACACUCACAUCGAUGAAAUGCCAAUGAAUGUCGCUGAUCUGAUCUAAGUCCGACUAUUGGCUAUAAUCCAUUAUACUAAAAAAAAUAAUAAAAAGUAAGUGACAGAAGCUCUCAGCUGAUCGAUCUCUCAUGGUGUGUGAGUAUAUAUAUUGAGUGAGUUGGUGAACUAUAUCGCUUAUGUAAACGCGAUCUAAACCAAAAUAUUCCAACGUUUUCAUAUUCGUUUCGAUUUAUAAUAGUAGGUUACGGAAAUAGUUAUCUGUUGCGCUACAGGAGAUAGUAUAUAUAGUACGACUAUUAUUACUAUUAGUGUAAUUAUCACUACUGUUGUCGCUACCGAUAUUGCUGCCGCCGCUGCUGCUACUACUCUUAUUCUUAUCGUUACCGCUAUUAAUAUUACUAUAAAUAUUAUAUUACUAUCAUUGGUAUUACGGUAUUGAUUGCUAUAUCAAUAUUUUAAUUUUAAUUUUUAACAAUAAUAUAGCGAUAUAUUACGACUAAAAAUAUACCACAAAGUGGUAAAUAGAACUAGGAAAAUACGAAAAGCGCAGCUCGGCGCAAUUUGAUUAUACGUUAUUUCUACUAUCGCAACAAGUUUUAUAUUACUCAAAAUGCGUCCAUAUUCUUAUUCUGUCGCAAAUCCAAUGGCCAUCAUAAAAAUCUUCAAGUCUUGCUUUCUAAGACUUUUUGUCCCACUUAUUUUUCCCCACGAUAUUUCUAAUUGGAUGAUUAAAUCUGUUGUGUUUAAUAGUUUAUAUUUCAUGCUUCUAUCACCGCGAUUACAACUUGUUUGUCUAGGCAGAGGUUUAGUUGGGUAUUGGAGGGGGUUCUUUAAUCACAAGCGUUGCCGAAGGAGACGUAUAUUCAAGCUUAGAUGAUAUGAAUUUUGUAUAUCCUAAAUCCCAGGCGCACACACCUUUAUUAUUAAAUAAAGUGUUUGACCUUUUAA